GAAGAAACAGCCAGUAUUGUUUCAAAUAAAGACCAGUUUGAAAUGAAAUGUUCAACAUUUCGAAGUUGGACAAUUGGCAUUCUAUUUACUGUUCUUAUAUCAACUGUAAAUCAAUAUUUUUAUUAUCAAACACAAUCUUAUGCAUUUUCAUAUUACUUAGUUUUCUUAUUAGCAUAUCCAAUUGGAAAAUUUUUAGCAUGGUGUUUACCAACAAAAGCAAUUCCUAUUUGGAAGUGGAAAUUUUCACUGAAUCCAUGUUUAUUUACAAUUAAAGAACAUGCUCUCAUUGUUUUUAUGUCGUUAACUGCUUCUGGAACAGUUGACGAAAUUGAUAUAAUUGUUAUGCAACAGACGUGGUUUCAUACAAAAACCAAUUUUGCUCUUGGAUUAUUUCUUGCUUUAUCUGUUCAAAUAACUUAA